ACCAACCUGCCAUUAUCAAAAGAAGUUCUAAUAGAAUUUAGAUUUUAGGAAGGUGGCCACUGGCUAAGACGUCAAGAUCUUCAUCUUCCCUCCCUAGAUUCUAAGGUGGCUUUACCAAAUUAUUACCCAGUAAGGAUCUUGGCCACUUGAUCCAUUCUCCGGCUAAGUUGACGAAGAUGUGGAGUCUGUGGAACAUGAGGAAGAGUGGCCGUGUCGCCGACGAAAGCAUAGCCGGAGCGGAAUUGCCCAUGUUUGUUGGUGGCGACGACGUGGUGGUGGUGGUGGCCGCCGAUGGCAGACGGCGGAAUAGAUGGAAUAAUAAUGGAUUCUCUAUCCUUUAUAGCAUCGUGAGAGCUCCUCUUUCCUUACUCUCUUGCAUCUCUCAUCCUCAUGUCAGUGGUGCUGAUGGUGUCUGGGUUUCCGGUGACUUCACUGCUAGAAUCUCUGAGAUGAACCAUCUCAUGGUUAAUGAUAGCAUGCGCUAUGCAAUUCUUAUGUAGAAAAUGAAAAGUUAGGGAACACCAGAUGUACUUUUACAGGCUAUAUAUGGAUGUUUAUCUGUUUUUAUAAGUUCAUAGAUAUCGAUUAUCUAUAUAUAUAUGUUUGAUGAUGAUCGAAUAAAUACAGAUAUGAAGAGCUUUCGUUU